AUGAGGAAGUUGGGGUGGACGCUACUAGUGCUAUUGGGAAGUCAUGUCCUUCUCCUGAAAGCCUUCCAGACUCCUUUUAUCAGAGAUACUGGCAGGUACAUUGCUCGUGGUGACUCUUUUCCUGUGGUUGCUAAUAACAACAAGAGGAGGAGGGGUGGCAGAAAUCCUGUGCGGCUGUUUACUUUUGUAGAAAAGGACAGCAACGACCAAAAACAGCAGAAGAAGAAAGAGGAAGAAAAAUUGAGUGAAAUGGAUGCUCGAGUGCUGCAGAGUCUCCUUCAAGACAGUGAGAAAUUGAAUCUAAAAACAGAAGAGAGCAUGAAAAAAUUGCUGGAACGAGGUGUCGUUAGCAAGGAUGUUCCACAAGCACCGAAAAAGGAGACAGAUGAUGAUUCCGAAUUUAGUAGUGAAGUGCUCAAGACGUUCAGUGACACCAAGUUGUGGCAAGCUGUCUCACGCAAGGCGGAAGAUUGGCUCGAAUCGGCCAAACUAUUUGUCGUUAAUCGAAUCGAACGAGAUGCCAUGACAUUGGCGGCAUUGGGACUCUUUGCCUGGGAACGAGUGGUUCGAGAUGUAGGACGGGCAUUGCCUGCGGCAGGAAACUCCACGGCGGCCGGGAGAGAGGACAAAAAAUCAUUUCUACUCUCCGAAAAGAGCUCGGUCGAUGAAAUGACAACACCCAUGGACGAACUCAAAAGUGUCGGAACGGCCGUGGCAGAAAUUCUCAAGUCGGGAGGCACGGAUGGCACCACUUCGGCAUCGACUCUUCGAACAGCCGCCACCUCCCGACAAGACAAACGCAAUUUUCAACGAACCUAUCAACGGGCUCAAGAAAAGGCGGAUGCACAAAAGAAUCCAGCCAAGGUGACACAACAAGCCGCAUCGAGUGUCGUUGACACAGCCUGGCAGUUGAAACGAGAAUUGGAGGUUGAAUCCAAUGCUCCAGGAUACAAAACCAAAAAGGUACAAACUGCUUUGGAAGCGGCCAAAGAUUCGACCAAACAGCUCUUGCAGGGUGCUCAAGAAACAUGGAGACUGGAGCGGGCCAAAGUUCGAGAACAACGGGAAUUGGCUGCAGCGGCGAAUGCAACAACUGUAUCCCCAGAACCGGUCAAAGAAGAUACAAACGAGGAGGAUAGCAGCAGCAGCAAUACAAUUAUGGAUGUCAAUGCCAUUGAUGUCCAAGCCAUUGAAAAGGAAGAGGUAAUUUUCCAGGAGGAAGAACAGCAACAAGUGCAAGACGAUCCAGUGUAUGCUAAACGCCUCGAAGAAGCCAGAAAACGAGCCGAGUGGCAAGCCGCUGAACGACAAGAACUACAACGGCUGCACAAGCAACAAGAGAAAAUGGAGCGCAGACAACAACUCUUGGCCAUUCAAUCGGAACUACAAACAGAAUGCUUUUGCCUGAAAGAUCAAAUCCAAAAUUGCAUUGUCAACCCGGAACAAACGUGGCUGAAAGCAGAUGUGAUUGAAGGGUUGCGGGACUUUGAUCAAGCCAUGAUCAAACAGGUCGUUUCGGAGCUGAUUGCGACCCGGAAUCAAGUCAAGGAACUUAUCAAAGGGCAAGGAUUCAGCAGCACCAGCAGGGGUAAGGAUGAAGAGGAGGGCAACGAAGCCACCAUUCAGGCCAUUUUGUCGCAAUUCGUAUUGAUAAGAGAGAACGUGGAGGAUAUUAAGGAUCAUGCCAAACGGGCUGUGUCAUUGGGUGCCUCGCAAGCCUUGGAACAGAACUUGUUUGAAGAGGGGCGUGACAACACUGGUGACAACUUGAUCCCAGUCAUGUUGAGGCUGGAUGAAAUUCAACACGACUUGCAGCGAAUCAUCUCGGACUUGGCCAAGGCUGAACAACCGCAAGACAGCAACAAUGAGGAAAAAGAUGAUGAACGAUCGUUCGAUGUGUCUUUCCAGGAUGUAGUUGAGCCAGCGGAAACUGUGCAAAGUGAGAGCACCACGGAAGCGUCUCCAGCGGCAACUCCAGUCACGAUUGAGCCUGAAAUUGUCGAUGUCAUGCCGGAAGCAUUUGUGUACGCGUUUGCGACGGCUACAGACAUCCCAGGAGGAACACAAAGUGAGCAAGGGAAGGAUGCAAGCUACGGGGCUGUAGAGGUCGUCACUGAUGAUGAUUUCGACGCGGCUGUGGGUGAAACGAGACAAGUUGUAGCUACAGACCUUGAUGAAGAUGAAAUGAAUGCUGUUGCCGCAGCACAGGAGAAGGAGAACAACAUUAUCGUAAACUUGCUUUUACGAGCAUUGGAUAUUGUGUUCUUCUUGUUGGAGAAACUGUUCACGGUUGCAAUACCUACAGCGCUUGGUUCAAGUACUGUUGCCAAGGAACGUUUGGACAAUGUGGCACAAGGUGGUCUAGGAUCUGAGGGUUGGAAACGAAUUGGGCAACAAUGCUACCGGAUGCAGGUCCGGAGUAGACCUACGACGCAGGGUAGCAUUACCACUAAAGACCUAAAGACUCCUUUUGAAAACUUUUCUAUUGCUCUCCGGCCGGCCCCGUUUGUGUUGUUGUUUGGAAUCUUCGGUGCCUGUCUCCCUGGCCUACCGGUAGAUAGACUUCACUCCACCUUGCUGGCUUAUAGCAAAAUCGAGAAAGACGUCAUUGCAUCCAUCAUCAAGCAACGGACGCUGUGGUUAUCAUCGCGAUCUACACUCCUACCAAGCCAAAUACUCUCUCCGAAUCUACCAUACAGCUGUGGUAGUGCAGUGUUGUCAAUCUAUCCCUACCAGCUAGCUAGUCGCCCUGCCACUACUAGUACCCAGCUGGCCCACAGUCGAAAAACCAGCAUUUCGUGCUCAGGAUCGAGAAUGAUCUUCCUGUGGGGCUACGCCUCUUGCUUGAUAUUGGCUAUCGGCCACGCUAGAAUUGGUGUCCAAGCCAUUGCUGUGUCCAAUGCCUCUCCUCUGACAACUCUGCAUGGCAAGAGCAAGAGAAGAUCGCCAAUUCCAGAUCAUUUCAAGAGUCUGAGACCGUCAUCAGCAAAAGAUCGGUUCAUUAGGGAGGAUGAUGACACGGGCAGAGACCAAGUCGCGACCACUGAUUGUGGUGAUGAUGACCUGGAGCCAUUUCUUGUUCGGGGCGGCGGGAGUACCAAGCAACCAGACUCUGCUGCUUGGGUCGAUGGUUUGAAAAAUAGCAUGGCCAGUGCAUUGGCGGCAGCUUUUUCAAAGAUCAUCCUGGCGCCUUUUGAUACGAUCAAGACCCUACAGCAGUAUCAUCAAACAUCGCCGGAUGUGGCUUCUCUGACACUGACUCAAGCUGCACGACAAAUCAUGCAACGGCCGGGUGGAUUCUCGAACUUUUAUGCCGGGUUGGGAGUAUCUGUGGUUGGUGCCAUGCCAUCUGUCGCACUCUACUUUGGGACAUAUUCCUAUUUCAAAAAGGCACUCUCUGCCCCACGAACCCGAGCAGAUGGGACUACCUAUACCCUUCAUAAGACACUUGCUGUGGGAUUAGCAGCUGCCAUGGGCAAUACAUUGGCGUCGUUUUCCCGUGUCCCGUACGAAGUUCUAAAGCAAAAAUUGCAAACCAAUACAUACCGAAACACGUGGGAGGCGGUAAGAGCGGUGACGUCCUGGGAAAUGAUUUUCCCCAAAGGAUCGAUUCUCAUCCAAAUGGCAAGGGACAUCCCCUAUGCCGUUGUUACGUUGUUGAUUUACGAACAUUUACAAUCCUGGCAAGCAUCUCAGCAGCAACAAUUAGCAGCAUCUGCUCAGGCUAGUUCGGACAUGGUCUUGGGUGCCAUAUCGGGUGGUAUUGGGAGCUGGGUGACCAACCCUUUGGAUGUGAUCAAAACAAGGCUCCAAACGGCUCCGCCUGAAAUGUAUGGAGGCAGUAUCUCCAAGUGCUUUGUCGAUACGUGGAAGGAAGGAGGUGGUAUGGCAUUUCUCAGAGGCAGCUGGCCUCGGCUGAUGCACAAGAUUCCUGCAAAUGGGUUCUUCUUUUUGUUUUACGAAUUCUUUCGGCGGCUGUUUCGAUGUCAGGGGUAUAGCUAA